UUGCUUUCUGACUCCGUAGCUGUUCCGUUGUUAUCCAUUCCUCCAUGGAGGGUCUCAAGUCAGUGGGUGGGACUUCGGUUUCUAACUCGGAACCAACCUUCUAGGGGAGGGAAAUAAGAGCAGGCUGCAGCAGCCGCCCGGAAGGAGCCGCAGGGGCGGGGUGAGGCCCGGAACCGACUCCGCCAGAGAAUACCGGUAGGUCGAGUCGUCACACUGCCUAUACCGGAGGCUCCGAGAGCGGAACUUCAGGUUGGACAACAGUGCUUUGGAACUUUGUAACUGCGGAACUAGAGGAGGAAGUUCCGUGUGUUGCAACCCGACUGAAUUAUCAGUUGGGACUUCCGGCGAUCCAAAAUGGCUGCGGCCGUCCAGGACCCACGUGUGAGCUUGGGAGAAACACUGAAGCGUUCCCCGAAGAAAAAGAAAAAGAUGAAGAUGGUAGCCAAGGCUGCAAUGUCGAAGCUGGAAGAUGAGGUCAAAGGCUCUUCCGACGGAGAAGGAAGCUGUGAAUCAGAGCUGGACUACUCAGAUGAUGGAGCAGAAGAAGCAGACAGCGAGGACAAUGUUGAAUCCUGUGAGGAAGAAAAUGAAGAUGCUGCAGAAUCAAGUGUUGGGACUAAUUCAGGCUGGGCAGAUGCCAUGGCAAAAAUCCUUAACAAAAAGACUCCUAAAAGCAAGUCCAUCAUCCUCACCAAAAAUAAAGAGCUGGAGAAGGAGAAGGAAAAGCUAAAGCAGGAAAGGCUGGAGAAAAGGAAGCAGCUUGAUAAGAAGCGGGAGUGGGAAAUGCUGUGCAGAGUGAAGCCAGAUGUUGUCAAAGACAAAGAGGCAGAGAGGAACCUUCAGAGGAUUGCGACAAGGGGUGUGGUGCAGCUCUUCAAUGCUGUUCAGAAACACCAAAGGAAUGUUGGCGAAAAGGUUAAGGAAGCAGGAGGCUCCAUCCGGAAGCGGGCUAAGCUGAUGUCAACUGUUUCCAAGAAGGAUUUCAUCAGUGUUCUUCGAGGAAUGGAUGGUACAAGUGAGAACAGUCCUGCUGGGAAGAACCCCAAAGCCACACAGACUGAAGUGAAAACAGAAGAGAGCCCAGGGUGGAAGAUUCUGCGAGAUGAUUUUAUGAUGGGAGCCAGCAUGAAGGACUGGGACAAGGAGAGCGAUGGCGAGGAUGCUGGAGGCGGGGCGGGGUCGGCCAGCCACUGAGCAGACAGACGGGAGCACCCAGCUCUGCUGCGAACAGCCCCGAUGGUUGGGAGCCUUGAGGCCCUCUGCUGAGUGCCAGGACUUCCUGAGAACCCUCGCCCCCGGGGUCCUCAUGUGCAGACUGUGUUCAAGUUGGAUUUCUAAUUCUUACAUAAAUUUAAGCUGUUUUUCCAAAAUAUUUAUACAAAGAAAUAUUUUUUUUUCUUGAGCAGUAAGAUGUGCAUUUUUCUAGAAUCCUUUCCUGUGGAGACAUGCUGACCAUACACCAGUGUUUCUUAAGUGUGGUCCAUUGAUAAUUAAAAUGAAUUUGAUA